AUUCUCGACAUCGUCUUGGUCUAAGGGGCGUAACUCUCCAGCACGCUCUCAAACAUGGCGUCUGUGACAGACAAGGCCAACAAACUUCUGAGGACUCUGCCGCGGAUCUCGCUGGGUAACCUUAAAGAUAUAGCGCCUAAGAAGAAGACAACAGAGAGAAAAGAAGAGCUUUUGAAAAAGGGAAAACCCAUGGGCGAGGCCACAAAGGUCAGGGUCAGCGAGGAACACUUCCUCGACUGGGUUUUGAAGGAGGCAACACCCCAUUUUACCUUAGAAUUCCUAAAGAACCAUACUAUCAGGACCAUCAGUAUCUUGCGACGACAGUACCCUCCAUUGUCACUUUUACAGCUGCAGCGUAUGAUUGACCUUGGUCGUGUUGAUGCAAGUCGACCCAUAGAUCUGACACAGCUGUGUAACACAGGCUUGUACAGGGUUGAAGUGGAUAAACGUCAUUUUGGAGCUAACCUGACAGAUGAGGGUGCAGAUUUGUUUGCUGCCAAGGUUCACAUCGAAGUGCAGUGGGCAUCAGAACUUGUCAUUGCAGCUGUGGAACGCAGUGGGGGGACAAUCACCUGUCGCUACUUUGAUGCCAUCAGCCUUCGUGCAGUUGUAAAUCCUGAACGUUUCUUCAAGACUGGUGUUCCUAUACCACUGUGCAAGUUUCCUCCUCAGGAUGCCAUUGAGUUUUACAGCAGUGCAGAAAGCCGUGGUUACCUUGCUGACCCAAAGGAUAUUGAGUUAGCAAGAUUGAAACUAGCACAAAAGUAUGGAUACACACUUCCAGACCUUUCAGUUGAUCCACUAGGGCCUAUGCUGCGCAUGCGUAAGAGUCCUGGGCAACUUUUUUAUGGACUUCAGCCAGGUUGGGUGUAAAUUUGAAGGACCGUACUAUUCUGAAGCCCAAAUCUCCAGAACUGUUGUCCUUGUACAGCUUUGCAUGAAAUUAAUUUGCAUCCUAACAGAAUCAUGUACAGAAUUAAGUUAGGAAACAUUUAUUGCAGAACAACUGCAAUAAGUUGCUUUUGCAUGAAUGCAUUGAUCAUAUAUAGCAGAUUAUAACUUUCCUGUAGAACCAAUAAACAUUAAUGUUACUUUUC